UUCCACCAAACUUCCUUCUCAUCUCCCCCUUCCCCUUCUUCCUCUCUUCCACCAUGAAUCCUACCACCUAACAAAAAAACCCAUCACACUCUCCCCAAACCAACAAACAACCAAAAAAAAAAAUGAGAACAGGAACUUGCACAGUGCAACAAGCCCUAACCACCGAGGCAGCCACGGUCGUGAAACAGGCCGUGACCCUAGCCAGAAGAAGGGGUCACACGCAGGUGACCCCUCUCCACGUGGCCAGCACCAUGCUGGCCGCGUCCAGUACUGAAGGGCUCCUACGAGCCGCGUGCCUCCAGUACUCCCACAACCACCCUCUCCAGUGUCGAGCCCUCGAGCUAUGCUUCAACGUCGCCCUCAACCGCCUCCCCGCCGCCUCCCCUCACCACCACCAUCACCAAUUACCACAAUACCCUUCCAUCUCCAACGCCCUCGUGGCCGCCUUCAAGCGGGCCCAGGCCCACCAGCGUCGCGGCUCCUCCGUCGAGACCCAGCAGCAGCCAUUGCUCGCGGUGAAGAUCGAGCUAGAGCAGCUCGUCGUGUCCAUCCUCGACGAUCCCAGCGUCAGUAGGGUUAUGAGGGAGGCCGGGUUCUCCAGCACCCAAGUCAAGAGCAACGUCGAGCAGGCCGUUUUUUCUCAACAGAACGAUGGUAAAACGACUACCAAGGAGAACAAGUUGGUGGUUGAUAAUGAUCAAGAUGUCACGAGUGUGAUCGAGAGUUUGGUGAACGUGUCGAGAUCGAGCCGGCGAGGAGUGGUGGUAGUUGGAGAGAGUGUUACUACGGCGGAAGAUGUGGUGAAAGGAGUGAUGGAAAGAGUUGAGAAGGGAGAGGCCGCAGUGCCUGAGGUUUUGCGGGGAGUUGAGUUUGUGUCUAUACCAGCCAUGUCUUCUUUUGGGCAGUUUUCCGACGAGCUUAAGGUGGCUGUGAGAGGGCAUAUGGAGAAAGGAAGAGGGGUGGUUUUGAAUUUGGGGGAUCUGAAAUGGGCAACCGAUGAUGAUGAUGAGGGAAGGUCGUGGAUGGAGCACUUGAUCAGGGAGCUUGGGAAAUUGAGAUGUAAUGAUGAUUGUGAGAGAAGGUUGUGGAUGGUGGGGGUUGCGACUUUUCAAACCUACGCCAAGUGUAAAUCGUCGGUGGAAGCUGUCUGGGGGCUUGGUCCAGUGAUAAUACCUGCGGGGAUCCUGCGUUUGAGUCUCGUUGCUGCGACAGACAGUGAGUUACAAACCCAGUCAACAGUCAACAUUAACAACACUACCAAAAGCGAGAAUGUUGGACGGUCAAGCUCGAUGAUUAUCCAAGAAAGGGAAGAAGAGAACAAACAACAACAACACAACCUAAACUGCAACGGUUAUGGCUAUGGUGAUUGUUCUUUAUGCAGUAAUUCUGACUCACCAACUUCCUCCAACCUCCCUGCAUGGCUCCAACCUUACAAGACCCAUAAUAAUCAUGAUCAGGAUUCAAUGUCCAUCAAAGAUCUUUGCAAGAAGUGGAACUCAUCACCAAACCUACAGAUAACAUCCGAUGAUCAUCACUACCACCACAAUUACCACACUACUAAUACUCGAAUGAAGAGUCUCACAUUUGCUUCAUCACUAGUCUCAUCUUCACCUCCCACCUCCAUCUCCUACCUCGACCCAACCAGCUUCCACCACCAUCAAUCACCAUGGAAGAGUUCUAGUACCACCACCACAUCAACAUCACUCGACCCGAUCCCUCAUCAUCGCCAUAACUUCUGGGCCACCAAAACGCUUCUCGUCGACCAGUACCACCACAAGCCAUCCACAGUGGACCCCGCGUUACGCGUAUACAUCCCAAACUACCCUAAUAACAAACACCACCAUCACCAAUUUUUCUCCUCAUCAAACCCUAACUCCCUCUCCACCACCCCUAACUCAACCUCCUCCAGCGACAACACCACCGAGUUCUCCACCCACCGCUUCAACUCACUCAACUCGGAGAACCUCAAAACCCUAUGCACCGCAAUGGAGACCAAAGUCCCCCGACAACGACACAUCAUCCCCGACAUCGCCACCACCAUCCUCCAAUGCCGCUCCGGCAUGGUCAGCAGAAGGCGGCACUCCUCAAAUGCCAACAAGGAGGACACGUGGCUGUUCUUCCAAGGCGUUGACGUGGAAGCCAAGGAAGAAAUCGCCAAGGAGAUUGCCAAGCUAGUGUUCGGCUCCCACCAUAGAUUUGUCUCCAUAUCGAUGAGCAACUUCUCGGAGGAUAGCUACAUUUGCUCUUCGAGAAGCUCGUGCAAGAGAGGGAGAGUAGAGGACGAGAAGAGCUACGUGGAGAGGUUUGCGGAGGCCGUGGGGAGAGACCCACGUAGGGUUUUUUUCGUGGAGGACGUGGAGCAGGCGGAUUACUGCUCGCAAGUAGGGUUCAAGAGGGCGAUGGAGAGCGGGAGAGUAGUGAGGAGAAGGAACAGUAAACACGGGCUGGGACAAAACACGAGCAACGAAGGUGGUGAUGAUGAUGUUGAUGAAGAAGAAGAGGUAGGGCUAGAGGACGCCAUUGUGAUUCUGAGCUGCGAGGAGAGCUUCAGUUGUAGAUCGUCUAGAGCUUGUUCGCCCACGUCGAAGCAGAAGGUGAUGAACGAAGGAGAUGAGGGAGAGAGCCCAUGCUUAUCGUUGGAUUUGAACAUUUGUGUUGAAGAAGAAGAUGGUGAUGGGGAUGAAGUUGAGUUGAUUGAUGAGAUUGGGUUACUGGAGUUGGUUGAUCGACGGAUUAUGUUCAAGCUACCUCGGGAGGAAGAUGGGUUGUGAUGAUGUGUCGUAUUUGGAAUCUUUUUAUAUUUUCUAUAGGUUUUCUUUUAGGGGGUUAAUGGAGGAGGGGAAUAUGUGUACAACAAGUCAUGUCACGAUCGGUCAGAUGGUUUUGGGGGGUUGGGGGGGAAAUUCUCUUUUUGAUCAAAGUUGUUGUUUGGUUCUUUGGAUGGGGGGAUAUUUGGGUCUAUAGAUAUUCUGAUUCCUGUUUUAGUUGGAGAAGCAUUUUUAGUCUUUAUGGGAGGGUAGGGUUUGGUAGAAUAUAUACGCAGGUAUUGUGGGGGGAGAUGGGAACUAGUUAUGAAUUAUGAUAGAUCAACUUCUUAAUGUUUGUGUAAAAUAAGAAUGUAAAUUACUAAUUCCUCCUUUUUUAUUAUUUUUUUAUAUAUAACUAUAGUGC